AUGACAAUGGAUCUCAUGAUAACUGUGUAUAGCAAUGCCAUACGAGAGAGUAUCGAGAUAAAAUUUGCCUAUGUCCCAGCAACAAUACUUCAAAAAUGGCUGUUAAUUUUCUCCGACAUAUUUUCCAAUCUCACUUCCGACAUAGCAUUCAAAUCCGCCUUUGCUGUGCCCGGAUCAUCCCCUUUACCUGUUCCAUUUAUCAAAUUCUGGCAAGGUGUUGAAAAUCUAGUCGAGUCGGGAGACUUUAAGGACGCCCUAAAGAAAUGGAAUUAUAAACACAUUGGAGGGUUUAGAAUAUUUAGAGAUCAACUCUUAUCGCAAUCAUUAAAUAAUAACUUGAAUAUGCAAAGUGUCUUAAUGGCUGCAAGAAUUGCCAAAGAAGGGGGAUCAUCUUCCUCAUUCUGGGAUCAAGUCACUUAUAAUGUCAAAAGGAUGUUCAAAGAGCAAGUGACACUGGAUCUCAUUUCUACAAUGAUAUAUACCCACUUUGCUACAAUUGUGAAACGAAUGGGCGUUAGAUAUGUUCCAAAGGUUGUAAACUAUAAGGAAAAGUACAUUAAAUUGUUACAAGAAACUAAUGAGUGUAUCAAAAUAUUAAUCCCAAAUGGUACUAGCGUCCAUGCAAUUGAUGAUAUCGCAAUGGAAAAUGAUGAUUUAGAUGUUACUAUAGACGAUAUUGUCGAUCUAAAAUCACCAAUUGACGAUGAAAUAAUGGGCAAUCUAACCCAUUCUGAACAAAUCAUCCAGUACCAACAGGACAUUCAAAAGUUGACCAGCCAAAUCGAAGCUCUUACCAAUGACCUAAAACAUAAGGAACUUGAAUUAAAUAAUGCUAAGAAUGAAGCUCUAAAUUCUAGGGAAAACAUAUUCUCAAUCAGAGAAGAAUCUAUCAGUGCCAGGGAGGAAGCCGCCCAGGUUAAACAAGAACUAAAAAUCGCAAAAGAAGAGUGCAGUAGACUUAAACAGCAGUUGAUUAUAAAAAAUAAUAAUGAUGAGACAAAUGCUUGGGAAAUUACUAGCUUAAAAACCCAAAUAGAAAUCAAAACAACUCAACUUGAUAAGGCACUGGUAGAUAAUGAUAAAUAUUGCAAAAUGAUCGCUAAUUUGAAUGCUCAACUUGACGAAUAUAAAGAUACUCUAGAUAUUGUUAAUAGUGAAUUACAAAUGACAAAAGAAUUGUUACUAGAGAAAACUAAGAAACUAGAACAAUCUACCGGCGAUAUAGAGGAACUGCAGGGUAAAAUUGAAUUAUCACAAUCUAAAAAUGUUAUCAACGAACAUGACAUCGUCAAAACUAGAGAAAUGGAGGAAAAAAUCCAGAAUUUGGAACUAAUUAACAGAGAUUUGCAAUGCGAAAUAACUCUUCUAGAACAGGAGGCUAGUGGGUGGAAAAACGCAGCAUGUGAACUGGAUAUUGAGAAGACUCUAUUAUCAAAGCAAUUAGCUGAGAAAAAAAUGAAAGAAAAUGAGAAGAAUGUAAAUAGGGCGCAAGUUUGUACUAAAAUAACCUCCAAAAGAUGCAUUGGAGUAGUACCAAAACUCGCUGCAGUUCGAUCUGCAAAUAAUGUAUUCAAAUCAGCGCUCUCCCAUAUGGAAACCAGUGAUUCAUUUAUAGGAAUUAAAUCUGGUGAAGAAAAUUUUCGGCGUAUCAGCACCACGUCAACUGACGACAUUUGGAUUUAUGACUAG